AUGGGUUUUGAAGAGAUUCUUCAGACCACCGGGGGAUUUGGACUUUUCCAGAAGCUUGUUCUCUUUGGAUUAACCCUUCCAAAUGUACUUCUGUACGCUUCUUUCUGUAGUUUUCUUUUCUUCCAGUCAGAUCCGGAGCGACAUUGUAACACGGACUGGAUCCUCAAGGCUGCUCCCAACCUGACGUUGGAGGAGCAGCUGAACCUGACGAUUCCUCUGGAGCAGAACGGUUCUUUCAGCAGGUGUCACAUGUUUGUUCCAGUGGACUGGGACAUCGGAACCAUCAAAGAGCGCGGACUCAACGAGACCACGGUGUGCCAGAGUGGUUGGGUGUACAAUGACACCAUGUACGAGUCCACCAUUAUCACGGACUUUGAUCUCGUUUGUGACAGGUCUCACGUACCUACAGUUGUGAAGACAGUUUUCUUCGCUGGUGUAGUCGUCGGUUCUAUAACCUUUGGACCUCUUAUGGAAUUGUUUUCCGUCAAUAUAGGCUACUUUAGUCUUCUCCUCAACGUGGGUGCGUUUGGCUUGAACAUCUUCCUGAAUCAAUUCCUGUUUGGGGUCUCGGAAUUACCCGCACACCUCCUCUGCAUCUGGAUUUUGGAAUUAUGGGGAAGGAAAUUGUCCCUGGUUUUAACCCUUUUCGCAAGCGGGGCCGUUUGCCUGCCAACACUGGCAUUCUCACAAGGCGAUGUGGUUGCGGUUUCCGUUUUGGUCACCACAGGGAAGUUCUUCUUCACUUGGGCUAGUUCAGUGUGUAUGGUGUACAUUCACGAGCUGUUUCCCACCUCAGUCAGGCAAACGGCUGUCAGCAUGGUGUCUUUGGUCUCCAGAGUAGGCGGGCUGCUCGCUCCACCACUCAACUUGUUGGCCUUCUAUCACUGGUCCUUACCCAUCGUUGUCUUCAGCAGCCUUGCAUUGCUAAGUGGAGCUUCUGUCAUCUUCCUUCCUGAAACCAGAAGCCAAGAACUGCCUGAUUAUUCCAAGAAAGUCCAGGGCAACGGAAAUAUGAUCAGCACCAAAAGCGGAAGUGACGACAAGCAGACUGAACUCGACGGCAAAAAAUCCACCAAAUUUUAGUUUGCAUCGUCUGACUUUUGAUGUGUGUCUACAAGUUGUACAGUAACAGGAUGAGAUUGGUCUCAGUCUUGAGAAUCAUUCAACUUAUUUUCCCCUU